UUGGUGCCUCAGACCUGCACUAGUUCCUGCUUUCCCCCGUUUUCUUGGGCACAAACACUGGGCAGAACUUCCCGAGUUCCGUGAUGUCCCUGCAGCCAGCGCCAGCUGCGGGCCCCAGGCUCGGCCCGGCUCUGUCCCCUCGGGUCGCUGGGGCUGGUGCCCAAGAUCCAGGAGCUGCUCUAUGUGUCUGAGGAGAACGAGCUAUCCCAGAAGGGUAUGGAGCCAUGAGCCUGAGACAGUUACGUGAAAACUCACAAUAAGAUGAUUCAAGUUUUGGUGAUGUCAGGGAAUUCCAGCUCUGGAGAAGCGUUGCCGGCUGGCGGUGCCGCCGCAGCUAUCGAUGAAACGCCCCUUUCAGCUCCUGCAGACCCCUUGCUUCCAAGCGGAGCUUUAGCCAGGAGCUCUGAGGCACCAGCUCUGAGUUUUGGUUACGUUUUUUCACACACUCCCCGCACUCCAUCAGUUCCAGCCUCAGCCCGCCCGCCGCCUGCGCUGGGGCAGCGCGAUCCGCCGGGGCGUGUCCGCUGGCGGCCGCCGUAGCGCUCCGCGGGCCGGAGGUGCCAUGGCGGCCGGGCCGCCCGUGCUGCUGGGGCUGCGCGACGCCGCCAUGUCGGGGCCGGGGCCGGGGCCGGGGCGAGGGGGCGGCCAGGGCCCCGCCUGGGCCACCAACAAGCUGGGCGGCUCCGCGGACUGGCUGCCCUCCGUGCGGCCCGGCUCGCCCCGCUGCGGGCUGUGCGGGAGGCCGCUGGCGCACCUGGUGCAGGUGUACUGCCCGCUGGAGGGGUCCCCCUUCCACCGCCUCGCCAACGUCUUCGCCUGUGCCGGGAGGAGCUGCUGGGGCGCGCCCCGCAGCUGGAAGGUGCUGCGCUCCCAGUAUUUGCAGACACAAGAAAAGGCAGCAGAAGAUCACAGUGUAAAACAGAAACAAGAACCAAACUUUACUGCAAAGGAUUGGUGUGAUGAAGCAGAUGACUGGGGAGCCUGUGAUGGAGCAGAAUAUGCAGGAUGUGUCUCCCUUCAGCUGCUUGGCUUAAAUGAAGUGGGGAGCAGCUCCUUGUCCAGAGAGAUGGAGUGUGCAUCCCAGUUCCAACAGCUUCAUUUGUCAGAAUCUGUGGAUGAGUCAGAUUCCCUGAAUACACAUCCUCCAGUCAGCAAGGGAGUGGUAAUGGCAACGUCUGGUUCAGCUCCUGUGUUCCAGCCCUUUUACAUUAGUGUUGUGGAUGAGGACGAUUACACUGGUUUCCUUGAUACAGAUCAUGCAGAUGAGCUAUUGAAGGACUAUCAGCAGAGAGAGGGGGUUGAUUUGCAACAGUUGAUGUCAGAAAGUUUUGCAGGUGAAGGUGAUAAUGAAAAAUAUGAGAAGAGUGAAGUCAAAAGCAUGGACCACACAUUCCAUAAAUUUAUGAAAAGAAUAUCUGUGUGUCAUGAACAGAUUCUAAGAUACUCUUGGGGUGGCCAGCCUUUAUUCAUAACAUGUCCUCCAGCCAACAUUAACCAAGGUAUUCCAGCCUGCAGUAACUGUGGAAGCAAGAGAGUGUUUGAAUUUCAGCUCAUGCCAGCGCUGGUCAGCAUGCUCCAGAGUGAUUCAGAUCUGUCAGUGGAAUUUGGAACUGUUAUAGUUUACACGUGUGAGAGGAGCUGUUGGCCAGCAAAUCAUCAAACCCCACUUGAAGAAUUUAUUUUUGUACAAGAAGAUCCAGAUCAGAAAUUAUUUAAAUAAAUUGUAUUUCUCUGCAUAGGUGAAA